GAAUUUUACGAGCUACAAAAUGGUAUAUAAAACAUAAAGAAACCAGAAGGCUAAGUCACCUAUUGCAGAGAUAUUUAAACGAAAAUUGCUGUGUACUUUUCUAAGUUAAGGAAAGAUUUUCUUGAGAAAAUAAUGAUUUUUAUAAAGGUUGGCGAAAGCAAAUCGGGGUCGCGGAAUCCGAAUCUGAAGUCAGAUUUUAAAAAUUUUGAAAGUAGUUUUUUGAGUUAAGGAAAGCGCUUUUGUGUAUUCAAAAAGUGAGUGCACUAUAGGAUCGGUCAGUAUGUCCGUGCUGCCGACCUGCCGGCCGUUUAUACGGUAACUGCUCAAAGCGUCCUCCGAUUAUGAUGAAAUUUUGCAGACAGAAUCGUCUCAUCGAUAUCUUGGUCCAGUUCGAAGAUGAGAAUGAUUCGUCAAGAAAUUGCUGAGUUAUCGCAAAAAAACGUUUUCUCUCAUAAUAGAACAAAAGCUCAGCUAUUAUAUACCAUUCGAUAGAGAAUUUCACGGGCUACAAAAUGGUAUAUAAAACAUUAAGAAACAAGAAGGCUAAGUCACCUAUUGCAAAGAUACUUAAACAGAAAUUGCUUUUUACUUUUUGAAGUACACAUAGCACUCGGAUUUAAAUCCGAGGUUUCCACAUUUGUUUUCAUUGUUUUCAAUAUUUUGUUUAUAAGAGUGUUGGUAUGAACGUUUUUAUUCAAACUGAUGAUGCUUCUUUUCAAUUGGCAGUGCAAAGUGCAACCGUGAUCAAGACCACAAAUAGUGAAAUAGUUACAUUACAGCUGAAUGCGGCUUCCUCUUCACAUAAGUGAGUAAAAUAUUAAUUUUCAUAAAUAAGAGUUUAAAAAAUUGUCAUUAGAAAAUGUUGUGUUUGUCGUGAAGAUCUUCAUGGUAAUGCAGUGAACAUUCCAUCGAAAGAUCGAGACUUUUUACUCUUUUCGCGUAAUAUUUGGAUUUCAGAGGAUGCACGAUGUUGCUCAGAUCAUUUGAUUGGUUCUCAAUUAACUAAAGAAGCUGUUGAUGCAAUUAUAUCAUUCGCAAUACGACACCAAGAACUAAAGUCUUCUGGUGUUCAACUUCUUUUAAACAAAUCUCAGAACUUAUUUGAAAAUGAACAGAGAAGAUUUUAUUUUAAUGAUCCACGAGGUCUUACAGAUGAUGAAUAUUGUUUAUUAACUAGUCUUUCAAAAGAUGAUUUUAAUUCACUUAUUGAAAUUAUUUCAACAUCUGGUAUUCGUAAUUCACCUGAUCGAUCGAUAAGAACAGCAAUUGGUAUUUACUUAUGCAAACUUCGUCUUGGGUUAUCAAAUCGUCUCUUAGCGUGCAUGUUUCAAUUACCAGAGAACAGAACAAUUUCCAAAACUAUUGAUAGUGUCCGUCAAGCUAUAUUAAAAAAAUUUGUACCAUAUAAUUGGGGAUUCGGACAUGUUACAUGUCAAGAUGUUAUUGAUCAUCAUAAAACAACAAUUGCUCGAGGGUUAACGUGUAAUGGUGGUGGUUCUAAUACAACAAUCGUUGUCAUUGAUAGCACUUACAUUUACAUUCAAGUGAGAAAUAAUUUACUAUACUUUUAA